AUGAAAUUGGUUUACAAGAAAGGAGUUGAAAAGGUUGAUGAGCUUAGGCCUGUGUUGGAUGCAUUGACAUCUGCUGAUGUCAUUUGGCAUCCCUUUGAGGAUCAUAGCCAUCACCUCCAAUUUUAUGAUAUAUGUUUGUACAGGGGUGGCUUGAAAUGGUAUGACACAGUUGUAUUAUACUUAUCUGGCAGAUGUAUGCGUCAUUUUGGAUAUAGGCAAUACAUACCGCUUCCACAUCCUGAUUCAGACACACUUGAUGUGGAUUUUGAGUGGAUUGCAUAUCAUGUGAGCAUGAUAGAAUUGAUUUGUCCGACAAUUUUUGCUACCGCGUCAUAUGAUGUUGUCGAUGAUUACUUGGAUUGGUACUAUAGAGUGUCACAUCCUCAUUUGGUACCACCACAUCGGGGGGAAGUGAGACAUGUUCUAAUUCCUAUCUAUGGCUAA